GUCAGUUCGAUAAGGACGAAUGCGGUCCUGGACACCGACCCUGUGGCACCGGAGGAUUGUGUGUGAAUUCAAUAGGAAGUUUCAUCUGCAACUGUCUGAGCGGCUGGGUUGGAGAGCACUGCCAGUACGGGGAUGGGAAUGCUACCAAAAUGUAUUCAAGGAUGGACGGGUCCACGUUGUCGUGAUGACAUAGACGAAUGCAAAAAUUCGUCGUUAUAUACAUGUGGAAUACACCAGCAUUGCAGUAAUCACCGAGGAAAUUACUCAUGUGAUUGUGAUGCUGGAUGGAGUGGAGAACACUGCGAAACAGACAUCAAUGAAUGUGAUAAUCCGCCGUGCCAAAAUGGAUCCACUUGCCACAAUCAAGAGGGUUCAUAUGAGUGCAUGUGCCCUGUCGGCUGGCAAGAUAAACAUUGCAAUCAAGACAUAGACGAAUGUUUACAAAAUCCAUGCCAGCGAAAUGGCAGUUGUAGCAACUUAAUCGGGUGGUAUUUUUGUGAUUGCCCAAUUGAAUGGAGAGGGAACAACUGCGAAAUCGAUGUCAACGAAUGUUCGCUAAACGCAUCGCACUGUAUGCAUGGCUCAACUUGUACUAACGUAGAUGGUUCUUAUAUAUGCGAUUGCAGCAGGGGAUUCGAAGGUCGCAACUGCGAGAUUGACCUCAACGAAUGUCUUUCCGCCCCAUGUCAAAACAACGGAACGUGCAACAACACCAUUGGUUUUUUCAACUGCGCAUGCGCGCAAAACUAUACCGGCGCGACCUGCGAACGGGAGCAUACCGCAAAUUCAGGUAAAGGCGCAGAUAAUACAUCGGUCAUUGUGGGUGCUGUGCUUGGGAGCACGGGUGAUGUUGGGGUUGCAGUUUCUGGCGUAUUUCUGUUCAAGAAAUUUUGCCUUUGGCGGUUCAACAAAACGCACAGUAAAAUUUCGUCCCAUGACUUGGACCAAGGUAAGAAAGUUGAUGAAAACUCUAAAAUGCCGGGACAAACAAAGUUUCACGUGACGUAAAGGGGUAGGACAAUACGUGUGUAGCCACGGACACACGAGCGAUGACCCAGAUGACGAAUCAGCUGAUCAAGAUACGAACUUGUCAAAUUAUAAAGAGAAUAAGUAACAGAAUAGAGAAAUAUACAUAAAAUAUGUGUUUCCUUAUGAAUAUCGCUAUACUAAGUGUGAUGUAUGUCUGUAUGUCUUAUUAACCUAUGAAUGUUAAAUAAUUUAAAGAUUAUUUUAUGAAUGAAAUAUGGUCAUAGUAUCACGAAAGAACUAUAUUCAAACUCAACAUCAACAUUGUCUCACUUUUUAAGAUGAGGUUGACCAGCAUGUCCAAAUAAACAAGAUUGAGUUCUUAGUUUGACUUAACCCUUAGUAAUAGGGUAAUAGUUAAAUUAGUAAAUUUUAAGCAUACUGAGAUUUUAGAGUGUUUGUAAGCUGACUGACAUUCUCAGUGCUAAGCUGAGUGGAAACUCAAAUGUUAUCUUCUGAGUUGAGCUGCAAAAAAACAAACAUGAUACUGGAUCAUUUGUUUGCUUUUUAUUGUUUUUUUUAUUCAAAUCUGAUCUCUAUAAUAAAUGUUUCAUUUAAUAGUUUUAUUAAUUUACUGUUUACAUGGC